CUUGCCAUAGUGUUCUCACAGCAGCGUUACUGUGUGUCCAGUUCUUGUGUAUGAUCCAGUUAGUUCCAGUCGUCUUGUCUCUUGUCCAGCCUUUGAUAACCCUGAACCAGUUUGCGCAAUGGCCAAUCCACUGAAGAGUCUGUUUUGCGAUGAUGGCAGAUACCAGAAGUCCUUAAAGAUGUUCCUAGAGUGUUCCUCUGAGCACCAGUGCAUGCGGGACUUCAUCCACAACGUGCUGCCGGACGUUGUUCCCAGCAUUGGGAAUGGAAAGUCUCAUUUGAACGUCAUUGGCCUCGGCAGCGGUUCUGGGGAGAAUGACCUAGAGAUGCUUUCCAUGCUGCGAAUGAAGCAUCCAUGGGUGACGGUGGAUAAUGAGGGGGUGGAGCCCAGCAGCCAGCAGCUUCAUAACUAUAAAGUGUUGGCAUCAAAGAAUCGAGAUUUAGAUCACGUCAAGUUCACCUGGAACAAGAUGACGGCAUUAGAGUUUGAGGAGCACUGGAAGGAGAAGAAGACAACGACGAAGGCCGACUUCAUUCACAUGAUCCAGAUGCUGUACUGCGUAAAGGAUCCUGAAGCUACCAUCGACUUCUUCCAGAGUCUCCUCGACAACAAUGGGAAGCUUCUGAUCAUCCUGGUUUCUGGGGAGAGUGGUUGGGGAAAGCUAUGGAACACUUACAAACACCAGCUCAGCAACACUGAAAUAAGUCAGUAUGUAACCACAGGAGACAUCAAACGCCUGCUGGACUCCAAGGGAGUGAGCUACCAGAGCUAUGAGCUGCCGUCUCAAAUGGACAUCACAGAGUGUUUCACUGAAGGGGACGAGAAGGGAGAGCUGCUGCUGGAUUUCCUCACCGAGGUGCUGGACUUCAGUAAGACGGCGCCGCCCGAGCUGAAGGAGGGCGUCCUGAAUCUGCUUCGCCACCCGGACUGUAGCACCGAGUCCGACGGCAAAGUUGUCUUCAACAACAACCUCGAAGCGAUCGUCAUAGAUCAGAAGUAGUGUAACGAAUGUGAAAGUUGACUGAUGACUGAUUAAUGUGUUACAAACUAGAUGAUUGUCUGUAAUGAUGCAGUGUGUAAUCAGUUGUUGUGUAAUUAAACAAAAACAAAGUAGCUUCCACACAACCUCCACCUACUGUACUGUAUCUACAUGCAGCUGUUUUUUUCAGCAUUAUUUAUUCUUUCAGACACUUGUUUACUGAUUUUAAUGAUUCAGUCAAAUGUUUCAAUAAAUGUAAAGAUAAUCA